AUGAAUCAAGACAAUGGCCAUCGUGCUCUCGACUUUACCUGCUGUGACAUCGAGGCAGCGAUCAUCGCGCGAAACAUCCUGCUAUUCAGUAUGAUCUCGGAAGAUAGCGCCUUGAUACAGAAUGAAAUUCUGUGGAACAUCUACUACCACUUCUAUCUUGACGGAAAGUCACUUGCUUCACUAGCGUCUCACUCGGAAAAGCUACUGGCAGCUGCAAAGACGUUCAACGACUGGCAUAAUAGCGAACAUGGUCGGACUCUCAAAUUUUGUGACACGAACACCUUUGGCAGCGCAGACCAGAAGAAGCGGUUCAAAGAAGGAUUAAGCCGCGCUGCAGACUUGUACGGCGCAGUCAAGGGCAAAGGACUCAAUACCACAGCAGUGCGCUCCGCAGGACCACUAAACAUCCAAGCUCUCGGAGAAGUUCCUCAACUUCAUACAGACUUCUGGAAAUUUGGCAUCACGACGAAAGACAACAAGGCUAUUACGGCAUCGACCCAUCCAAACCCGACGUUUUCCUCGACGGCUUUCAAUAAAGCUACCAUUCAUUAUGGGACAGACCCCAUCAUUGGUUUCCAUCUUGCGACGGCAUUCGCGCCUUUGACCAACAUGUCUCCUAUCCGCCCAUCAACUGACGGAAUGCCCAGAACCCAUAAAGCAGUCCGGAGCGCAAAGACGGAAUUCUACUCGUGGAUCCAGGCAUUCAGAAUCGGUAUCAAAAAGAAAAUUUCCCUUCGCUUCUUCGCUGGCGAUGCGAUGGCAUUCUGCCAUACUCUGUACCGAGAUGACAAUAACAAAGGCCCGGCAACGAACAACUGGUAUCAAGACAUGUGGCAUGCUAAACCAGUCAUCUUGGACCCAGCUUCCUACAGCACGCAAGGAGCUGUCCCAGUCGCCUUCGAUAUUAUUGAUACCUCAAACCUUAUCGAUCAUGUCGACGCUGUCAAUCUCUUCGUGUCCACAGUUCCGCUUCUCUCCAAAUCGCCUUACUCGACCCUCUAUGUGGAGACACUACUUCGGCAUCAAGAGACCAUAGAGGAGACCGUCAAUGCGCUACUAUGUGGUAACUUCCAGACAAUGGCUAUUCUGUUCGGCGUACUACCCGUAGAAUACUGGACCAAUGUCUUGGAGCUCGUAACAGCGAGUGAUCACAUUCUCGAUUCAGUCAGCUCCAACGCAAAGACGCAGAGUGGAUCUGCCGGCCAACUACGUUCGAAGAUGAGCUUGAAACGUCGCCUAUCGUCCAACUUCACGGGAGCUGGGCAUGAUCACAGAAUUCAUGUCGAUUCUCUGGAGCUAUCGCGACUACUCUUCACCAUAUACCUGGCUAUGUUCUACAAUGAGAAUCACGCCGCCAGGAUGGAAAGUUUGACCACUCAAGCGUCCGUGAGUCAUAUGCUCCAGACCAGCUCUUUUAUUCCCCAUAACCGCGCGAGUUUUGCUUUGCUUCUUCGCUUCCUUCACGAGAAGGUCGAGACUGACUGGCGCGGCAUGAUGAGCAGUCUGAUCGAGAGAAUAUCAGAAGACGGGACACUGAUGAUUGGGAAGAACUAUUUCUAG